CCGGACUCAUUUAGAUGUAGCACCGGUUCUGUGAGUUUGGCAUCGCUGGACAGAUCCGAACCGUAAACAGCGACAUAUAAACACUUGAACUGUCAUUUCAGCGACACCAGGGGGGACGGUUCACCUCAUCAACAUGACAGAAAAUAUAAUCAUUCGUGUCCAGUCUCCAGAGGGAAUGAAAAAAAUCCCAUCGACAAAGCGUGAGACAGCUGCAGCGUUCCUCAAGAAGGUUGCCAAAGAGUUUGGGUUCAGUUCAAAUGGCUUCUCAGUCUACCUGAACCGGAACAAGACUGGAGAGGUCCUGUCACAGAACAAGGCCCUCAGCUUACUGAAAAUCAAGCAUGGCGAUAUGCUUUUCCUCUUCCCAUCCUCAGUUGGACCCUCCAGUGAGAAUAUGGACAUUGCUCAGCCUCACACUUCUUCUUCCUUCCCCUCCUUCCCUUCUUCCUCCUCCUCCUCCUCCUCAUCAUCUUCCAUAUCCCGCUCACACUCUGCCCCACAGAUCCCAGAAGAUGAGAUCGACCAGUAUCUGUCCAAACAGGAGGGAAAGAUCUACAGAAACAGAGACCCACAGCUGUGCCGGCAUGGUCCCAUGGGGAAAUGUGUGCACUGCGUACCUUUGGAGCCUUUUGAUGAAGACUAUCUAAACCACCUUGACCCGCCAGUCAAGCACAUGUCCUUCCAUGCCUACAUACGGAAACUCACUGGCGGUGCAGACAAGGGGAAGUUUGUUGCACUUGAGAACAUUAGCUGUAAGAUUAAAUCUGGCUGUGAGGGACAUCCACCCUGGCCAGAGGGCAUCUGUACCAAGUGCCAGCCCAGCGCCAUCACCCUCAAUAGACAGAAAUAUCGACACGUGGACAACAUAAUGUUCGAGAACCACACCAUUGCUGACCGAUUUCUCGAUUUCUGGAGAAAGACGGGUAACCAGCGGAUGGGUUACCUUUAUGGUCGCUACACAGAGCACAAAGACAUCCCUCUUGGUAUCCGUGCAGAGGUGGCUGCCAUUUAUGAACCACCCCAGAUUGGAACCCAGAACAGUCUUGAGCUGAUUGAGGAUCCAAAGGCUGAAGCAGUUGAGGAAAUUGCUGCCAAAUUGGGCCUACGGAAGGUGGGGUGGAUUUUCACAGAUCUACUGUCAGAGGACACCAGGAUAGGCACUGUCCGCUACAGCAGAAACAAGGACUCCCACUUUCUGAGUGCAGAGGAGUGCAUCACAGCUGGACACUUCCAGAACCAACAUGCCAACCCAUGUCGGCUUUCCCCAGAUGGCCAUUUUGGAUCCAAGUUUGUUACAGUGGUUGCAACAGGUGGUCCUGAUAACCAGGUUCACUUUGAAGGGUACCAGGUGUCCAAUCAGUGCAUGGCUCUGGUGAGGGAUGAAUGUCUACUGCCCUGCAGAGAUGCUCCUGAACUGGGCUAUGCCAAAGAAUCCAGCACAGAGCAGUAUGUCCCUGAUGUCUUUUAUAAGGAUAAAGACAAAUUCGGCAAUGACAUCACAUAUUUAGCUCGACCGCUACCAGUGGAGUACUUGAUCAUUAAUAUCACAACCACUUUCCCAAAAGACCCAGUGUUCACGUUCUCCUCCACUCUCCGCUUCCCCAUCGAAAACAGAGACGCUCUGGGAGAGACUCAGGACUUCCACAGUUUAGCAACAUAUCUUUCCCAGUGUUCUUCCUCCACAACCUUCCUGGACAUCGUCUCAGACUUCCACCUGCUCCUCUUUCUUGUCACAAAUGAGGUCAUGCCCUUGCAGGACAGUAUUGGGCUUCUGCUGGAUGCAGUGAAGACAUCCAAUGAGGAACUGGCUCAGACCUGGAAGAAAUCCGAGCAGUGGGCCACCAUUGAGCAGCUCUGCAGCACAGUGGGCGGGCAGCCAUCUGGAUCUCUGGAUUAUGCCAUGGGUGGGCCAGCUGUCCCACAAUCCUCUUCGGCCAUGUGGUCCUGCCUCCACUGCACCUUUAUGAACCAGCCUGGCACUGAGCACUGUGAGAUGUGUAGUUUGCCUCGAAGCUAAAAAAAAAUCCUUCAGAUUCGGGCUGCACCACUCAUCCCACCGGGAACAGCAGUGAGAGAGUACUUUCCUGUAUUCCUGCCGUUUUAGUAUGCCUAAUCCUUAACUCCUCCCAUCCCUCACUGACUGUGUUGGAUCUAAAUGCCGAUGCCGGCAUGUGCUCGAAUAUGCGGCCAAUCAAAUGCGUGAGCUGCAUCAUUUCGAUGAUUGGUGGCUGAAGACGAUGGGUUGUACCCAUGUAGCACUCUCUGUGUGAGACCAGUGUAUUCUGGGACUUUUAUUUUGGUAAAGCAACUGGGCAAAGCUCCUUCCACACAACUCAUCUCCCUUUGCGGUCCAAUGUAACUUUUUGGCACCAUUGGUGAAACAUUAUAAAUUUUUCUGAUAUUAAACUAACACACACACCCCCCCCCCACACACACACACACACACACCAACUCCCACUGAGGAUGUUGUGUAAAUAAUAAACAGAGAUGGAAUAAUACUGUUAUUUAAUUUCAAAUGAAGGUUUUUUGACGCUAGUUGUAUGUUGAGAGAAAUCCAGUUCAAUCCCAUUUUCAGGAAAAGUGUUCGGCCUGUUUGCUUGCACACCAAAACUUGUACAGUGAACACUGUACUGAUCUAUUCACAUCGCCCUGAUUGCUUUGAUCCUCAACAGUAGUAUUGCACAUUCAGAACACUUUCUUAAUGUGCAUUCUAUUUUCUCAUCAUUUUUCAUAAUUCACUUUUGAUUGGUGGUGAGUAUUUUUGAGGUAGUUCUAAAUGCUUGGUGGUUAAAUUGAAGUCUGAAUGUUUGGUUUUGCCGCAGAUCCAGAGAGCAGUUCCAUUUCCUCAAGAUUGUAGUUUGACAUUUGACCUCAGAAGGCUUAAGAGGCUAUGCUUUGAAUGUGGAAUGGUUUAUGUUUGCUUUGCUAAAACUGUAGCCACUCAGCUUUGCUUCUGGUACCCUUUUCUGUACCAUUUCACUGCCAUCCCCCUUUCAUCAUCCAUUUCCCAUUCCAUCCUCCCUUGCGCAAGUUAAAUUAUUAUUAUUAUUAUUUUAUUUUUUUCAAUUUUCAGCCCAUAGGAGCCUGUGUCAUUGCAUCUUCAAAGGGUUUUGUCUGAGCCAUCUCUGAAAAUGCUCACUCCCCACCUGUCGGCCCAUUGUUUCUCACACCUGGCUGAGAAAGAGGUUGAUUGAUAGGGAAUGAACAGAACAACAGAUAUAAAAUGACAGUUUGAAACUUGAGUCUACUUAAUUGACACAUUUGCCUUGGAUUUAAUUAAUUUCUGAAAAAGAAGCAACUAUUUUGUUAACCAGCCUCAUAGAUCUUUCUCGGUGCAGAUUGGUUAGUAGAGGUCAACAAAUGAAUUUUUCUCUAGACAAGAACGGUCACCUUUUGAAAUUUUUAUUUGGUCCAGAUUUGAAGCAUUUUAGAAACCAGCCCAAAAAUGCAAUCCCUUAAAUAUGCAUUCAGGAAAAUGUCAGCCCUCUGAAAUUAAGUGAUCUAGAUGUUUACAUCGCAGUGUUUUAUUGCAUUAUAUUUUGUAGGGUUUCCUGGUUCUCAGAUUCACCCAUAAUUUCUGUCUCUGACAUUUUAAAAAAUGCAAUCUAGUUCACUUAAAGGGAGUUACGCUGAUCAAAAUCACAUUGUUCUCUUAAUCUGGGUUUUGUUCUAAAAAGUUGAGAUGACUUGCGUUUUGGAUUGAGGCUAUAAAAGUAUAUAUUUUCCCUGAGCUGCAGAUGACUGUGCUUACACUUUGUUGUCACAAAGUGCAAGAAAAGAUGCCCUGACUUCUGUGCUGUCAACUGGUUUUGGAGUUUUAAAUACAGAGAGAAUAGUUCAACAAUAAAACUGAUUCCUUUGGA